CUACUGGAACUACUCUCUAGCCUUCUUGGAGCUACUACUCCUUUCGUGGCCCCCACUUCAUUGGUGAGAGUGACAGAGAGGACGGAAGAAUUAUGAUCUUCUAUCCAUCAGAGAACUGCUGCAAAACCGCUUAUGCAUUGUACAUACUAACGAACCGUGCGCUGAAAUUUUGCCCGAGUUUGCUUUUCGGAGCGGAGAUGCGCAGUAUCGGAUGGCGCUGGUACACCUCGCUUAGUAGCGACGUCAUACGGCUGCCAUAUAUUGGCCCACCUCAAACUACCGGCUUGGAUAGGAGUUCGGUCUUCUGAUAUCCAGUCUUCUUGGGACGUGUAAAGUUGUGGUAUCGUUAUCCGACGAGUGAAAACUACCCCACCACCAUUGCAGACAGCUAGCUGCAACCGACCAACCCACAGCAACCUGCGUAGCCAUGUUUGUAGUACAGUUUUCUUGGGAUUGUUACAAGUGCUGUGUUUUUUGAUUUUUUGCAUAAGUGCUGUGACGGGAAACGUGAUAAUCUUUUAUCCUGUAUCAACUACGUUCAACUGGGAUUAAUUCAUCCAAACGGAAAACUGCGGUUUAAAAGUCGACAUGCAAGUCAAGUAGCAAGCUUGUCAAAGCAAAUGCUAAAAAGACAGAGGGUUUCAAAAUGCAAAAUUGGAACCAAUGGCAAAUGCCGGCUGGUGCCAUGUCAGCACCAAUGCCUCCCACACCAGCUGGCUUCACUGCACCAGGAGCAGAUCCUAUGGCUAUGAUGCAGUCCUAUAUGCAAUAUUAUAAUCAGCCAGCUCCAAGUGGCUAUACUGCUGAACAAUGGGCCGCUGCUCAGCAGCAAAAUUGGACCCAGUGGCAGCAGUGGCAACAGCAAUUUCAACAAUGGCAAGCACAAUAUGGUGAAAAGUAUCAAGAGACAAUGAAGCAGUUAUCGGCUCAGGGUUUAACCCUGCCAAAUGUAACACAGGCGCCGCCACUGCCAAGUUCACAGCCUCUCCCUCCUCUUCCUAAAGAAGAACAUGCAAAACCUCCUUUACCACCAGAUAACAAUAAACCAUUCCAAUAUGCGAAUAUGCCUCCUCCACAUCAAAACAAUCUUCCAUUAUUUCCAGCUAAAACACAAAACUCUGAUUAUAGUGCCAUGAAUACUACAAAUUAUUCACAAGCACCACCUUUACCCCCAGGGCAACCACCCCCACCAUUGCCAAACCCCCAAGAACCACAGGGUGUUAAUUUGUCAGGUGAGAAACGAGCUAUUAAUACGUCAGAUGAUUUUGGUAGUGCUAAAAAGACGAAACUUGAAGACGAAGAGUUGACAGAAGCGGAGAAAACAUUUGAUGCUCAGUUUAAACAAUGGGAAGAACAAUUCAAUAAGUGGAAACAACAGAAUGCAAAUCACCCUGAUAAGACACAAUAUAAGCAGUAUGAAGCAAAGUGGACAUCAUGGCGGGAAAAGCUAAUCGAACGUCGAGAGCAAAUGCGUAAGAAACGUGAACAACAGAAGCUGACAUCGAAGGUAGAUUCUGAGAAAACGAAAAAUAUUCCUGGAGGUGACAAGAUAUUAAACAUCUUAUCAAGCAGCGAAAAUCAGGGUUUGAUUAAUAAUUUACUAGGAAUUGGUAAAACCUUAGGGCUGACUGGGAAGCAGGAUGCAGAAAAUUCUUCAAAGUUACCAGGUAACACGAGGACUGUAGCACCUUCAACACAGCAACAUGCUAUGUCGCAGCCACUUGCAAUGAUUGCUCCAACGAUGACAAGCAAUAUGACACAUGCUGCAUGGGCUGCGCAGCAAUGGGCUGCUCAAUAUAAUGCAAAUAUAACAGCCCCAAGUUACAGUGGUUUCCAAUUUCUGCCUGGAAUAGCUGGUCCCCCUAUUGCUGGACAGUCUACUCAAGUUCCCCAAUUACCCCAAGUAAGCCAAGGAGUUGGAAAUGAUUUUUCUCUGCCUCCUCCAAAUCUGGGGAAUUCAAGCGUGAAUUUUUCUCAACCACCACCAGGAUUUGGAGCUAAUGAUUCAAGGCAAAUGUUGGACUCAGGAUUGAAACAAAAUGAUCGUAAUAUCCAUGAUAGACCUCCGCUGUUAUUCGAUCCGAGUGGUGACAAAAAAGAUGGUUUUGGGGGUAAUGAACAAUUUUCUCAAAGCACUGAUAAUUUCCAAUCUGUCACUAAUCGUACUGAUGAAAAAGGUGAUCGUUUUACUAUGAGUGACCGCACUACUUUAGGAAGUCAAUUCUCAAUUAGAAACAAGCCUUACGAUCGAGACACACAAAAAAGUGAAUUUGGCAUGAGUAAUCGUCUCGGAGGUAACCAAUUUGGAUCUGACAAUGAGCGUUAUAAUCAACCAGCCGAUCGAUUUGGUACAACCAGACCAGGUAGCGACUUCAGUACUAAUGAUCAUAGUGGUCCAGGAAAUCAACGACGACAGGAAAAUGACUGCUUCGGAAACAGUGAAGAUCGAGAUUCAGGAAAAAACCGUUUCAGCAUCACUCAAGAUCGAGAUUCAGGAAUCAAUCGUUUUGCAAGAGAUAAUGAUACUUUUGCUCCCAAUAGUGACAGAUUCAGCCGCCAUGACCGCAUUGGUCCAGGAGUUAAUCGUAGUGGACAUGAUGAUAGCAACUUUGGUCUGGGAAGUGAUCGUUUUGGAUCGAGUAACGAUCGUUUUGGAUUAGAUAUUGAUCGAUUCUCAGCGAAAAAUGAUCGUUUCGGAUCAGAUGUUGAUCGGUUUUCGUCGAAUAAUGAUCGUUUUGGGUCUAGUUCACUUGGUGAUCAGUUUAGAGCACUAUCUAAAGACCGAUUUGGAACUGGAUUAGAUCGUUUCAGCUCUGGUAAUAGCCUUCGGGGGUCUAGUAAUGAUCGUCUAAGCUUGGGCAAUGAAAGAUUUGAAUCUGGAAGUAACCGAUUUAAUGAUAGGGACAAUUUCAAUAAAAAUUCUACCUUUGGACGUGAUAAUUUAGGCCCAGGAAACGAACGUUUUAACCGAAAUGAUCGAUUAGAUAUUUCUGAUCCUUUUGACUCUAAAGAUCUUAGUUAUGUAAAUGACAACCGGCGUGAUAGUUUUGGAGAUAAUUCUAGAGGAUCGAACAAAAACGUCAGGCCAUUUGAAGCUUCUGAUAAUAUCACACCAGAACUGAGAAAACUUAUGGAAAAACGACGGGCUGCUAUGGAUGUUUUCAAGCCAAGGGAUGAUGUAUUUAAUCCUGUUAGACAAAACAGUCUUGGUUCACUGAGCGAGAGCUUUAAGAAGAUUACAGGAGAAUUACCAUACACAUCGAGAAAUCUUGGGGAUAUGGGAACAAAAAAUCUUGGGCUAGGACACAGAGGCUCCGAAAAUUUGAUGUCUCGUGGACCAGGAGAUUUUGGUCCUAGAAGUAUGGGAACACUGCAUAGUAAUAACAACUUCGGUCCACAGUCUUCUAGAGGUAUAGAAUUUGGUGCCUUCGGAAGUUCCAGCCUGGAUAAGUUGAAACCCAGAGAAGAGUUUGCACCCUCAAGAAAUGAAUUCGGUCCGCCGAGAAAUGAAUUUGCUCCUCCCAAGGCUGAAUUUAGCUUACCCAGAAAUGAAUUUGCCCCUUCCAGAAAUGAAUUUGGUCCUCCUAGAAAUGAAUUUGGUAUUUCUGGAAAUGAAUUUGGUCCUCCAAGAAGUCAAGGCAAAUUUGGACCUCGAGGGCAAGAGGAUCUGGAACGUGGAACUAGAAAUGAUGAAACAGCAGGCGAUCAGUCAGUAAAUUUGGGUUCAAAGGACAAAGAAAAUUUUGAUCAUCGGGAUAAAGGUAGAGCCUCCAAUGAGCAGGCUGAACUCAUUUGUAGAUUGAAUACUUCUGAGCAAGGAAAUAAUGCUUUGGAAAAGGAUAAAAUUCUGCAACUUGAGCCUCCGUGCAAUAUUUUACCACUGGAAAAACCACCGUGGUUGGAUACUCAAUUCUCAGAACAGAAUUUAAAUGACAAUGUAAAUGAUGGUACCAAUAAUAAUUCUGCCAGUCAGAAUAGUGGUCUUGUAACAAAUUCGGAGCGUUCAAAUAAUGAAGAUGUGGAAAAAGCAGCAAAAUCUCCUUCUAAGAACAUUGAUCAGGAAAGUGAUAACAAGGAUCAAGACCAAUCAAAAGGUGACACUGACAAGCCUAUGAUGGCACUUGAUGAGGUAAAUACUGAUGGAAAAGAUCGAAAUGCUUUACCUUUCAUGGGUGAAAAUGAUCCGAAACCUGAAGAUUUGAAUAUGGAACCCCCGCCAGAACUUCCUAAUCUAGGACCUUUAACAGAAACACCAAAUAUGCCAGCAUUCAGAUCAAGUGAAACAAAUCGUGACUCAAGUGCCAACUCAUCCGGUCCUAUACCACCACCCUUGAUCCCACCACGAGGACCGAAUCCUUUAUUUUUCGAUGGUCCGGGCUCAUCAAGUGGUCCAUUCAGGCCCGGAGGCCCUAACAUUGAUCAGUUCGGACCUAGGGGUCCAAAUGUAAACCGUUUCGAAUUCAGAGCUCCUAUUGAUAGACAAUUUGGGCCACGAGGUCUCCCGUUCGGCUUAAGAGGUUCGAGUGAUACUCAGUUUCGCCCGAGAGGUCCAAACGACAUUCUCUUUGGUCCAAGAGGUUCAAAUAAUAUUCAUUUUGGUCCAAGAGGUCCUAACGAUGCUCAGUUUGGUCCACGCGGACCCAAUGAUACUCAGUUUGGUGCACGAGGGCCCAAUGAUACUCAGUUUGGCCCAAGAGGCCCAAAUGAUGCUCAGUUUGGUCCGAGAGGUCCGAACGAUGCUGUGUUUGGGUCAAGAGGACCGAACGACACUCAGUUUGGUCCAAGAGGUCUAAAUGAUACUCAGUUUGGCCCACGAAAUCUGAAUGAAGGGCCCUUUGGACCCAAAGGAUUAGGUGAUAGUCAGUUUAGAUCAAGAGCUUCAGAGCAAUUUGGUUCGAAAGGUAUCCAUGACAAUCAGUUUAAUGCCUCUAAUCAAAGAGGUCCAAAUGAUAGUUUACUAGGAGGUCGCUUAACUACUGAGCAAUUUGGUCCAAUCGGACGCGGUUUCUCUGGACCAAGAGGGCCAGGUGGUGGACCAUUUAGUCAACGGCCAAUGAAUCCGCCAUUUGCAAUGUCUAGAGACUCCAAUGACGGACAGUUUAGGCCGCGAGGGCCAAAUGAGGGAAGCUUUGGGUUACGAGGAUCAAAUGUUGGUCAAAGACCAGCGAUUCCAUCUCUUUUGGGACUUCAAUUUGAUAAACAGCCAAAAUUUGAUCUACCAAAUGCAUGUAGCAAUAUUCCUAAUCAGAGUAGUAAGGGCUUUGAGUCAAGCAGUAUUAAUAUGGAUGAGAGCAAAACUGUUGAUAGGAGAAUAUCUGGAAUUGGUGAGUCUGAUCCGACGGUGCGCAUUACAAUGGAUCAAAGGCCUAAGUUUGGUCCAGGUGUAGUAUUACCACAGAGUAGACCUACAGGCUUGGACCACAGAACUCCAUUUGCCCAAGGAGUAAUGGAACGGAGAUCAUCAUUCGAAAAAGAUAUUCCAGGUGAUGGAGGACAAAGUUUGCCUUUCACGCAAGGAGGACAAAUGAAUAAUGAACUAAGAUCACUCAUUCGGCAUGGUGGAUCAUCGUUAAAUCCACUACAUUCUCAAGAAGGUCCAGAGCAACGACCAUUCAUCCAAGGUGGUCUGAGAGGUUUGGAAAAAAUUCCUGGUGUGCAGGGUGGGUCAAGUAAUUUUGAUCAAAGAAUGGAAGACAACGUUCUAGAACAAAGACCUCCAUUUGUGCUAGAUGGACAAGGAAGUUCAGAUUCCAACAUGACACGUGGCCGUGAACAGAAAUUAGGGUUUGAUCCUACCUUACGUGAAAAUAAAAAUAACUCACAGUUUGACUCAGGAUUUCGUGAUAGAUUGAGUGAUCAUGAUGAUCGCCGAAGACCACCACAUGGUUCAGGCAUUGAUGAAUUUCGUGUUGGGAAACAAUUCAAUUAUAACCAUGGUGGAAGUGCAGUGAAUAAGAUGAUCACUGAAAUAAUUCCUGAAAAAGUUAUAGAUUACGGCCACCUAACGAAAGCUGUCGUACAUGAGUACAUAACUCCCGUUGAGACAUUUGAUUAUGGUCAUGGUAAUUUAAAACCUGUGGUGCCUGAACAUGAAAUAAUACCACGAAAAGAUUUUCAACACUGGGAGGAAACCGAACAAAGUUUGAAAGAAUAUGACGAAAGAUUAAGAUUAUAUGCACGGGAACAUGAAUGGAAAGGUCGUGGAAACUUACGAGAUGAUUUCAAAUUUGAUAAACCACAUUCAAGAGAACGUGAUUGGUCCAGGCCAGACAGAAGAUCGUUUGAAUGCGAUGAUCGAAGACCAUCAGAUAGAGACUUAAGAGCUAGGAGAGACAGAGAUAACAGGGAAGAGCGCAAGGAACGUGACCACGAACGUGACAAGGACCGAUGCCGUGAUGACAGAGAUCGGGAUGAUAGAGAUCGCGAUGAUAGAGAUCGUGAAUAUGGACGUAAUGUCGAUCGAGAAGACCGUUCAUCGAAAGAUGGAAGUGAUCGUAGAGAUAAAAAUCGAGACACAAGUGACAGAAAUGACCGAAUGAAAGUCGAACAAAAUAAAGAAUGCAACAGAGAUGACGACAGAUCUAAGGGCAACGUAAGUCAUCCGGAGCAUCAGAGUAAAAGCAACGCUAAUACUUCUCAGGAAACCAGUACUUCAGAGGCUAAAAAUGAUUCUGCGGAGACAACUUCCACGAAAAUGGAACUGCCAAGAAUGCCAAACUACACCAUGGUUGACGAUAUUUUAUUCCAGCCUGGACGUCAGACUAGGCCACCCAAGAUAGUGAUUAUUUUAAGAGGGCCACCAGGCAGUGGGAAGUCAUUUGUUGCUAAACUCAUCAAGGAUAAAGAAGUCGAGCAAGGAGGUUCAGCUCCAAGAAUUUUAAGCCUUGACGAUUAUUUCCUUGUUGAAAAGGAGAAAGAAACUAAGGACGAUAAUGGCAAAAAAGUAGUUGCAAAGGAAAUGGUCUAUGAGUACGAAGAAGCAAUGGAACCCAGUUACUUGACAUCUCUUGUCAAGGCAUUUAAAAAGAAUAUCACAGACGGCUACUUUAAUUUCAUUAUUCUGGAUUGUAUUAAUGAAAAAAUUUCUGAUUACGAGGAAAUGUGGAGCUUUGCUAAAACCAAGGGCUUUCAGGUGUAUGUAUGUGAGAUGGAAAUGGAUGUACACAUUUGCUUGAAGCGCAAUAUUCAUAAUCGCACCGAGGACGAAAUUAAUAAAAUCGUCGAUUAUUUUGAACCAACACCUAACCACCACUUGAAACUGGAUGUUAAUGGGAUGCUCCAGGAAGAAGCAAUCGAUGAGGUUCAUAUGGAAGAUAGCCACCCAUCACCGGAGGAUACUACCCAAGCAAAUGAUGAUAGCCAGGAUAGUCAAGACGAACAAGUUGGAAUCAGCAAGUGGGAACAGAUGGAUGCCGACAAUAAGUUGGAUCGUCUAGAUGGUUUAGCUAAAAAGAAAAACGAAAACCGUCUUCAAACAAUGGAAGAUUUCCUUCAGGUGCCCGAUUAUUAUAACAUGGAAGAUACAUCAGGAAAAAAAAGAGUACGAUGGGCAGAUUUGGAAGAACGAAAAGAACAAGAAAAAUUGCGGGCAGUUGGUUUCGUCGUAGGUCACACCAAUUGGGACCGAAUGAUGGAUCCUACCAAAGGACAGAGCGCACUUACGCGUACCAAGUACAUAUGACCCAAAUUUGUUCCCAGAUCGUCCAGGCAAAACAAUUGAUGUAACUGCACCUAAUUAGGGAAGUAAUAAAUUUUGAAUAUAUUAA